AUGGAACAUCUAGAUCAUUUCACCGAUAUUCUCCUUAUUUUCCAAGUUGAAAACCACCGAAAACUUCUGUGUAACCUUGAGAUUUACUCCUUUUAUUCAGUUUUAAACGCUUCUAUUGAAAAACAAAACCCCCAAAAUAUAGACGAAAAACUGGAAAAAAUUGCUGAAAUUUCAGAAAAAUCAACAAAAAAUCCCAAAAAUGUCCGUUUAUGCGGCGAUAUGUACGAGCAAUGGCCGACACUCGAGUUUUCGGACCUCAACUCGAGUAUUCUUGACUUGUUUACCAAAGCCACAUCCCAAUCGGUUGCCUCAUCUCUUCUCUACGAGCUGACUCGAUCGGAUGCCGAUGAGAAUGGAGGAUCGAUUCGUUUGAAUAGCGAAGAACACUUGAAAUGGUGUAUGCAAGUGUUGAAUCACUCAUUGACACUCUCUUUUGCGACGAGUCGAGAGUAUGAGACACUUAAAGGCGCCGUGCGAAUCUAUCUCCACUGGCUUCGUGCCCUCUGCGACACUCCAGACAACAACAUCCCGAUUCCUCUACUGGCAACCCCAGAGAAAUAUUUCCGAAACAUCAUCGACGCUCUCCGUUGGGUCUUCUGUAGACGUGACGAUGAUCUUGAAUCCACACUCGGCGGUUCUUCUCAAGUACCACGUGGAUUGGCAAUAGAAAGACAGUCGAUUGAGAUUGAUAUGGUUCUGGAUUCAUUGAAGUAUCUGACAAGGAAUUCAAGUAGAAAGUAUCAAGAUGAAGUAUGGGCGAGAACGAUAAGCUUCUUGUUGAAUAGUUCUGAUAUUCUACUAUCGGAACCGAAUGCGACUGAGGAAAUGGGAACGAGAACUUGUGUUCGAGUGACUGAUACGUUGUUUGAUAUGUGGUUAAAUGCAGUGCUCAAUGAGCAUAUUCCAUCGUUGACCUAUUGGAGCUCACUUUCAACGUUGGCCAAGAGGUGGAGGCAUAAUGUCCCUAUCAUCGAAUGUUGGGCAAAGAAAAUUCUGGGAUUAUCAGUGUUGGUGUGUCGAAAAAUGUAUGGAGACGAUUAUUUGAAAAUUGAUAUUGGUAAGAUUUUCGCUGAAAGUGGGCGGAGCCUAAAAUUAAAAAUUCCAGGCGACGAAAGUGUGAUUCCGUUUGAAAAUGUGCCAAUGACAGCUGACGAAGACGAGAAUGAAGUGCAUUUAUUUACCGGACUUGGUUUAAUAUGCUGUGUUUAUUCGAUUCUCCAGCCAAAAUUUUGUCCCAUGAUGCGACGAGAAAUUUAUGGCAACGCUCCUCGCCGAACGACUUCAAGUAUUUCGAUGUCGAAUUUCGAGCUUGCCACGUCAUCAGCCGCUCAAGGCGUCUCAUUCUUCCUGGCAUCCGUCACCCUUCAACGAAUGGUCGAUCUGUUUUAUGGAGACUCUCGAGUGCAGAUUGAUUUGAGAAAUUAUCAAAUUCAAGAGGGAAAAACGCCUGGGAGCACGAGAACUGCUUCGAUUCUGACUGAUACUCAUAGUCAUCAUACGAAUAGAACUACGUCAACUGCCGGCGACUCAUCUCGAUAUGUCUCUCUUGGCGGUGCUGUUGGACAGAUUCUCGUCGACGACGUUCCCCAACAAACGAACUCAAUGGCUUCUGGAUCGACGGCUUCUGCGAAGACGUCGACGACGACGACUACUGGAACGUCUUCAAGUGACAUCAGAAGAGAUCAACGUGGAAUGAGUAUGCAUAAUUCGAAUCAGAUCAAUACUAGAGAUGCUUCACAACGAACGGUUUCUGUGGCGGAGACGUCGAGAUUCUCGGAGCAGACGUCUUCUACACUGACCUCUUAUAAAUCGGCACCGCCGAUUCCAGAAUCAGAGCAUCAUGGGGAGAGUAUUAGUCAACUGGUGGCGAACUCGACGGUUUCGGCGCCAGCUGGUGGGAAUGAUUCGACACUGAGAGCUGGUAUACAUCCGGCAGAUUUGAAAAUGAUGGUUGGAAGACAUCAAAAUAAUCAGCCGGCGAAUGAUCCGUAUAGGAAUGCACAACGAUUUGUGACCAAUUUUUUGAUUGCCAACCAAGCCUCGAUGCCGUACGUCGGUGCGAAACGUCCAAAAACCGAUCGAAUGUUGGACCUAGUCGGCGAUUGGCUCUUUUCGAUUGUCAACUCACCAUCGAAUAGUCAACGUGUCACUGGAAACGAUCCUUCGGGACAUGGGCAUUAUAAGAAGAAUAAUGAUGGUGUUUCGGAUGGUAAGAGGAUUUCUGAUUUUCAGGUUUUUUGGAUUUUCAGCAAUGACCCCAAUCGCUCCACCGCGACGACGACGCCAGCAGACGUUGUCGUUGAGCGAGGAGCAUCAUCGACUGAGCUAUGA